UUCUGUUAAAGAUGAGCAAAUUUUCUAUCAGAUAUGAUGAAAGAGGGUUUAUACAAGACAAAACCUUUAUUGAGACUCAUGAUUCUGAUCUUGAAGACAUAGAAGAGGAGAUAAUUCCUAAAAUAAACAUAAUCCCAGAAGGUGUGACAAAAAGAAAAGCUUCCAUAAGAAAUUUGAGCUUACAUAGCGCAGUUUAUAACAGUAAAUGAAAGUUAAAAUUCAAGUUCAAAAAAGAAAAUCCCUUCUGAGAAUUCGGAAACAAUGGAAAAGUAUUGAAUAAGGUUAGGAAUUUCAAAAUGAAGCCUAAUGACUUAAGCCCUGAAUCGACUGCAAUUAAAAAGAAAAGCUAUUUUACAAGCGAUCCUAAAUAAUUUAAAAGAAAACCAGCAACCACAAGGAAGGAUGAGAAAUAUUUCAAUGGACAGCAAUUGUAUCAAACCUGAGAUUCUAGUGAGUGCUAAAAACAAAUAAGUUUGAAGUUAUAAUCCCUGGAAAUGGGAAAGAGGAUUUAUUAAUUGAAGAAUCUCCUGCAUUAAAAUCUCGUGAUUCUAAUAUCCAGUCAAAAUUUGGUACUCCUUACUUUAAAAGUCCAAAAAUCGACUCUCCCUUUACCAGAAAUGAUGUAUUCAACAAGAAGACAUCUACCUCUCUUCGUGAGAUAAAUUUUUGUGAAAACCGCCAGACAGAAAUCCACCUACUUGCCGCAUUUAGAUCAGCUCUAAGGAGUGACAAAAGAGUUGAUAAUAUUCACCAAAGAAGUAUUCUGAAUUCAAAGCCUCAUGAAAAUAGAGACAUGGGGUCUUUUUAUUCAAAAUAUUUCAAGCUCAGAAAGAUAAUGAAGUACUAAUUGCUUAAAUUCAACAUUAUUCACA